CCUAUGGUGUGAUAUAUAGAGAAAAUGUAGAAACCAACUUACACAACAUGAAAAAAUGUAUAUUCAUUCUUAAGAGUUACAUAUGGUAUCAAAGAGGUUUAUCUUUAUUUUUUUUGGACAUUUUUGUCACAUUUGUAGGUCAAUUGCCAAUAUAGGACUUUUAAACCGCCUUAAAAUCGAAUUUUAUAAUGUAAUGCAUUGCUGUUUUCAAAGCUGAAUUUUUAGCAUCAUUAGUCCAGUCUUCAAUACAAAACUGUCUAUUAUGACACACAACAACAUACAAUUGUUCAUCCAUCUAUACAAUAUACAGCACAUUAUUGUGUAGUAAUACAUAAAUAUAAGUUUAUUUAUUGACCCCUUUUCCCUUUUAUCUGAAGCCGAGUUUACCGCCAAAUGCGCGUGACAGGGAGAGGUGUCCGGCGCGCGCGUUUAUUCCGCGCCGCUAUUUACAUUAAACCGUCCUCGCUGUAUUAAUUACACGGCACUAAUAAGCGAUAUUUUUUUUUUAUUAAAAAACACUUUGCUUUAAAUAAACAACGGCAGAUCGUUGAAGUUAACAACGUGCUGAGUUAUUUUUGAUGCCAUAACAGGUUUUGAGGAGAUAAGUUCUCUGUGAGGAAGCUAACGGUGAAGUUGGCUCAAACAUGACGAGCAGACAGAAGACACUAGCUCAGGACAAACAGGUGAUUGUUGAGGCACUGGAUACUAAAGCCCAGUCACUGGUUUUUGUCAAACGCAUGGUGGUUAUAGCUGUAUCCUCCAUCACCUAUCUGCGUGGGAUAUUUCCAGAGGCCUCCUACAGAUCCAGAUACCUUGAAGAUUUUUGUAUCAAAGUCCUCAAACAGGAUUGUUCGUGCCCUGAAGCCCACAAACUUGUCAGAUGGCUGUUGGGAAGUUUUGAUGCAUUGGAGAAGAGAUAUCUUCAAAUGGUGGUCAUUGGGGUACACACAAGCCCAGAUGACAGCCAACAUGUCAUUGAGUCCUACCAGUUUAAGUUCAGAUACUCCCAGUGUGGACCCCAGAUGGACAUCGUGAGUAAUGUGACUGGGGACAUAAGAGUGACCUUGGAGGAGACAAAGAAAGCUUCAACGCUCCUGAUCAGGAAGCUGUUCCUCCUCAUGCAGAAUCUAGAGGCUUUACCCACCGGUGUUUACCUCACCAUGAAGCUCUACUACUAUGAUGAUGUUACUCCACCUGAGUAUGAGCCGCCGGGAUUCAAAGCGGGUGUAAAUGACAGCCUGUGGUUCGAGGGAACUGCGGUGCACUUCAGAGUGGGCGAUAUUCAAUCUCGCUUCCACAGUAUGAAGCUGCGAGUGACGGCGGCACAGAGCCGGCUUGGGAAGCUGCUGGAGGGAGGCCAGUUGAGUGAGAACGACAUGGAGAUGGAGACACCCUCUCUCUCUCAAACCAGAGCAGCAGAAACGGUGGCCAGAAACUGUGAGCAGGACCUGCCCUCUGAAGAUGAAUCUAUCGCACAGUUCAAACUGCCCAAAAAAGCCAGCGCAAAGAGGAAAUGUGUCCGAAGCAAAGUCUUAAGGAGGAAAAAGAAGAAACUAUUUUGAAACCACAGACAAAAUUAUUUUUUAAAGGGUUUCUUCUAAUAUAUAUAUAUUUUAUGUUAAUGAAAUACACUGUCCUUUUACCAGGUAUAAAUUUAAAAUGUUUUCUGGGUAAUUACUUCUGUUGAAUUCAUCCUCC